UCUCCUAAUAGCUUUUGAAUGCCUUGUGUCUGGAUGGUACCAAUUAGGUAGUUGGGCCUCGAUUACUGUGUUAUUUGGUGCAGGCCAUCAAUUUAUCCCUAUACGUCCCUGUUGUCUUCAAAUAAUUCCCCCAUUUAUAUUUGGAUUUACAUCUUCAUUUACUUGUAUUUAUUUAAUAUCUUUGGAUAGAUUAAUUGGUGUUUUAUUUCCUAUAUGGUUUGUUUUUAAUUGUAAUUUUGAAAUUAAAUUUAAAUAAUAUUAAAUUUCAAGGUAUAGUCAGAGAGAAAAUUCAAAGAAAACCCAUAUUCUAUUAAUGAUAGUUUCCACAUUAAUUUGUGGUACAAUCUUUGUCUACACAGAUUAUAAUAUUGUCUAUACAAUUUCUGAAACUAUUCAAGUAGUUUGCGUCCCUCACGAAUGUUUCUGGGGAUGGGCAGCAGAUUUGGUUUAUAUGUUCUUCGCAAUAUUUGUUGUUUUAUCUUUUAUAAAUUAUGUUUUUGUUUGGAUUGUACUUAGAUAUCGCUCAACAAAAAACACUAACAACAAUUUAUCUUCUUCGUAUGCAUGGUCCCAGCGUAUUUUGAAAACAUUGUGUGUAAUUAUGUUUUUUAAUUUUGUUGGCCUUUCAAUGAAUAGUAUUUUACGUUUAACCCUUCCCCGCUUGAAUUUGAACAUCACACAGAGGGCAAUAGCAAUGCAUUCUUUGAGUUGUUUAACUGUUACAGUUAUGUCUUCGAAUGCUCCUAUUCUCUUUAUUCACAAGUUUGUACUUAAUUAUAUAAUUAGAAAUCUGGCAAUUUUUCCACUUUAA